CCUGGGCACACCUGGGGGCACCUGGGAUACACCUGGGGGCACCUGGGAUACACCUGGGGGCACCUGGGCACACCUGGCAGAGGCACCUGUGCUGUUACACGAAGUCCCAGGUCUGCAGUGGGCGUGGCUCAGGUAUGCAAAUUGCCUCCAGGUGUGCAAUGGGUGUGGCUCAGGUAUGCAAAUUACUUUGAGGUGUGCAGUGGGCGUGGCCCCUGUAUGCAAAUGGAUCCCAGGUGUGCAGUGGGCGUGGCCCAGGUAUGCAAAUUACGCUGAGGUGUGGAAUGGGUGUGGCCCCUGUAUGCAAAUGGAUCCCAGGUGUGCAGUGGGCGUGGCCCCUGUAUGCAAAUAACUCCCAGGUGUGCAGUGGGUGUGGCCCAGGUGUGCAAAUGGAUCCCAGGUGUGCAGUGGGCGUGGCCCCGGUAUGCAAAUGGAUCCCAGGUGUGCAGUGGGCGUGGCCCCUGUAUGCAAAUGGAUCCCAGGUGUGCAGUGGGCGUGGCCCCUGUAUGCAAAUGGAUCCCAGGUGUGCAGUGGGCGUGGCCCCUGUAUGCAAAUGGAUCCCAGGUGUGCAGUGGGCGUGGCCCCUGUAUGCAAAUGGAUCCCAGGUGUGCAGUGGGCGUGGCCCCUGUAUGCAAAUGGAUCCCAGGUGUGCAGUGGGCGUCGCCCAGGUAUGCAAAUGGAUCCCAGGUGUGCAGUGGGCGUGGCCCCUGUAUGCAAAUGGAUCCCAGGUGUGCAGUGGGCGUGGCCCAGACGCGCCUGUAGCCCCUCCCCCCCCUCCCCCGAGCAAUAAACGCACCUGGACACACCUGCCGGACUCACCUGUGCCUUUCUUUGCUCUUGGAAUCAAAGUUUAUUUUCAAAGAAUUCCCAAAUUUUACCCCAAAAUUUCCCAAAAAAUUCCCCCAAAAUUCCCCGUUUUCCCCUCAAAAAAUUCCCAAAACUCCCCAAAAUUUCUCCCCCAAAAUUCCCAAUUUUUUUCCCCAAAAUUGCCCAAUUUCAGCCCCCAAAAUUUCCAGUUUUUCCCCCAAAAUUCCCAAAAAUUUUCCCCAAAAAAAAUCUCAGUUUUUCUCCCCAAAAUUCCCAAUUUUUUCUCUGAAAAUUCCCAAUUUCCCCUCCCCAAAAAAUUCCAAAUUUCCCCUCACAAAAUUCCCAAAAUUUGCCCCCAAAAUUUUUCCCUCAAAAUUCCCAUUUUUUUCCCCCAAAAUUUCCCAAUUUCACCUCCCAAAAUUCCCUAAAAUUUUCCCCCAAAAAAUU